AUUCUUAAAUUUCGUCUGUUUUCGGGAGUAUUCAUUUUAUUUUUUUAAAAACUAAGCACUUGUAUUGUUUUAGAUUAUUUUAAUGGGGUGGAGUGCUGGUAUGCAGGGAGGUAACUAAAGCUUCUCCAAACAAAUACGUCCGUUCAUUCACCGACAGAGCCACAGGUGACGUAGUUAGAUAGUAGAGUUACUUACCUUGUCUGUUUUGGUGUACUUGUAGGUCUAUGCACAAAAUCGAACAAGGGACAUCAGAAAAUACUCAUUAUUCUUGAAGUCUGUGGAUCUAUUUUGUUAACUACAUAAGCCUGUCGCAUGGUUUUAGCUUUAAGUUUACAUGCUUUGAAAGGAAAGAGAUAAUUAUUUGAUUCAUGUUUUCAUUGAAGUAAAAGGCCAACAAAUCUCACGUCAAAACCAUGGCAACAGAGACUCCCGACACAGGACUCGACUGCGCUGUUUGCAGAAAGCCGUUGACCAACCCUCACAUGUUGCCCUGUCUUCACGUGUACUGCCUUUCGUGCCUGCGAGACGAGUGCCGAGAGAACUCUCCAGAUAAGUUCUUCUGCCCGCUCUGUGUCGUCGACAAGGAGGAGAGGCGAACCAGCUCUGCCCGCCCAUGGCAUGCUUUUGAGAAGAUCGCAGAGAGUGAGGCUGAGCAGGAAGCCAUUCAGCGCCGACUGGCGGAGCUCCCGGCAUCGGAAAUCCGACGCGAUAGCCUCUUGGGGGGCUAUGGGGAUGAGACGGACGUCGACGACCCCAAGUCCAGCCUGCCCAAACCCCCUGUCCUGUUUCCUUGCUCUAUGCACGCUGACAAUAUGGCGGACACCUUCUGCGCCAAAUGCAACCAGAUCACGUGCCACAAAUGCAUAUCGUCUUUCCAUCGCAGAUGCCAGGAUUUUUAUAACAUUCAGGAUGCCAUCGAAAAGAAACGAGACGACCUCGAUUCUAUUUAUAGUAACAUUGCCAACAGCCUGGCGCAGUGCCAGAAGCUGCAAGAGGAAAAGAAGAAGAGAUUAAAAGACGCCGAAGAAGUCAGGACGCGUUUGUUAUUGGACAUAAAGAUGUUUCGUGGCGCCAUGGUGAAACUGAUAAUGGCCAAAGAAAAGGCGCUGAUCAACGAGGUUGACUUACUGGUCGAUGAGAUGCUGCAAGGCACGCUGGGAAAAGAGUCUGUCGUCGAAAGGCUGAUUGGCUCUCUAAGUCGACAACUUGAAGUCCUCAACUUCUCUUUUAGCGUCAACGGCCAAGGAGAGCUUCUCCCUUACUUGCCUUCCCUCGUCUCCCGCGUGGCGAACGACGCAAAGAAACUCGAGGAACAAAGGGAAAAGGAGCCGGUGCGGCAGUUCAAGUUCCACAAGGACGACAACUGUUUCCAGACCCUAGAGUCAUCUCUCCUUGGGAUCAUACAGGAGGAAGGCGGAGUACCGGAAGCGGUAGUGCUGCCGAAUCUGCCGGAAGGAAAGCUAGACAUGUCCCUGACAUUGCUCACCAGCUUUCAUGGCGGCGCUCGGGAUGACGUCACGGACCCACUCCUCACUGACAUCGUCCUCCUCCCCAACGGUGACGUCAUUGUGGCGGACAGAGACAACAAGUGCGUCAAAAAGUUCAACCAGUCCGGAAAGCUGCUGACUCGUGUCCUCAUCGACGCCGUGCCUAGCCGCGUGACUAUCGUCUCCAACGGUCGAGCGGCCGUGUCUGUCAUGAACAAGAGAGCCAUCUACUUCCUGUCUUUAUUCGGCACAAUCCGGGUCUUGAGCUCAGUCCCGGUAAAGAAGCUCUACUCCUUUCUGACCUCCGACGGAAAUGGAUGUCUAGCUGCCGCGACUAACCAAUGCGACUCUAUAGACCUCCUGACAGAGAAAGGAGAAAUUAUCAGGACUAUUUACUCACAAAAAUCUGAUCGCGCGACCAUUUCAAGACCCAUGUACCUGACUCCUGUUAAGGUACAGUCCGGCACAAACGUAGAAAGAGACUCAACAAAUGGCCUGACAAACAUCGACUUUAUCGUAUCCGACAGCGGGAAAAAGAUCGUUUUCAUGGUCAACCAGUCGGGGCAGGUCAUCUUCUCAAUCAAGUCAAUCGACAGUUUAACCAUGGAGUGCCCGUUAGGGGUCACCGUCCAUGAGUCCGGCCUAGCGCUGUUCGCAGACCGCGACGCCAAUUCUGUAGUUUUGAUGGACACGACUGGCACUGUAAUCAGGCGAGUGCUGUCCGCUGACGACGGGGUGGUCAAGCCCUGUGGAAUAUACGCCGGACAAAGGGGCUACGUAGCAAUGACCCAAGUGGAUGGCAUGGUGAAGAUUUACUCGUCCAGCGUGGUCAGCAUGUGAUGUUAAUACACCCACCCAGUGAAAGUGAUACUACUGUUUACUACACCAUCCAUCAUUAUAUGCAGACUAAACUAUUUCAAUCAUCUAGAUCUAUCCGCCACUUAGAAAGGAAUCAAUAACAGAAUUGUUGAGAAAUAAAAAUAUCAAAAUUUGAAACGUACAUGUGUAGCGUCACGGUACAUUGUUUAUGAGCGGGUGGGGAGAGAAGGGCCGUCUAGUGUUAAGGAGUGUGAGUGUGUGUAUGGUGAUGGUGGGAAGAGGUUAGCGAUUGGUUGUGAAUGAUGCAACAUAGGCGGCAUUGUCGUCAUUUGGUUUUAGGUAGGACAGACGACUCCUGAACGUGAGACUGAUAGGUUGUGUUAUUGUAGUAAGUUAUUUCCUGAGCUAGCCAGGAAAACCAGUGACUUGGCAGAAUUUAAGUCUUUGGUUAAUAUGCAUGACUAAAUGCAUGACGCGUAGGACGUAAUCAUCUUCUUUUUUGAAGUAACGUCUGUAUUAUAUAAGAUAAGAAGAUAAGAUAGUGAGUUAGAUUGUGUUUAAAAAUAUUAUUGCUUAAGUCUAGUACAUUUCAUUUAUCUCAGAUCAACUUCAUUUUGUCUAUAUUAUAAUAAGAGUUAUAUUUAGUAUUGUUCACAAAAAGUUAUUCAAGUUAUUUGAAGUUUUAUUAGUUAAUAUAUAUUACGCCUACAAACGUUUAGUUGUAUACCAGCUGUUCGGUGCUACAAAUUAACAACCGUCAAUAACACCAAUACAAUGUGUGUACUUUAAAUUCAGGAAUGUAGGGACCUAAAUUUAGAAAGAAAAGUGUAAGUACAAAUAUCAGCUCUUUACAAAGGUCAUGGUUAUUACAAUGCAAUACUGAAACCUAAAGCUGUUGUUUCACUUACAAUGACAUCCCCAAUUAAUUGCCAACUUCUUAAUAAAACGGAAAGGAAAUGGAACAAUGUCACUUCGUUUGAUUUUGUGUUACAAUCAGCUUGCAAAUUUCUUAAUCACCAAAAAAACCUGGAACCUGCAUGGACUUCAAAAACGGCUCAAA